AUGUGUUCCCCGAGCCUGUCCUCCAUCUCUAACUACCAAUGCGCUAGUUCUCUCGGCGGAGGCUGUUGCAACUACAACGCGCAAUGCAUUUCCUCAGACGGCUCCAGUGGAUGCGCCGUCACUGUAUUUCCUUCCUCAACCUCCGCUCUCGUCUCCGUAAUCCCAUCCGGCUGCACAACCAACCAAUUCGCAUGCGCUAGUUCUAUGGGCGGCGGAUGCUGCGAUAAUGGAUUCGGCUGUACAGUUCUCAGCGGUACAAACUACUGCGCUGCUACUACCGGCACCGGAUCCGCUAUUCGUACGGGAAGCAACGGAAUCCUAGCAACCGGAACCUCAGAUUCCAAUACCACAUCUAGCAAUCACGGUCUCUCCACAGGUGCCAAAGCCGGCAUCGGCGUCGGAGUUGCGCUUCUCGUAUUAGCAUGUGUAGGAGCUUGUAUAUAUUUCUUCACCAUCCAUCGGCGUCGAGCUCUCCAAUCUAAGUCCUCCUCUCAUCCCGAUGUGGAUAUUCCACCUGCUGCAAUGUCACAGAUUUCCGGCUCUAGAUUCUCGCAUAAAUCGGGGUCGAAAGCGGGAUCGAAAAUUUCGAGAAGACCGGGUGUAUCGCCAAAUGUGAGACAGGAAUCGGAUUAUUUUGGGACGACGGCGCAGAGUGGGCCGUUUACGGAGAGUGCGGGGACGAGUCCCGGGUUCGGGAGUCAGAGGGGGGUCCCGGCGACUCCGCAGAGUCCGAAUGAUAUUGCGGCGCCGGUGGAGAUUGGGGGGGAGGGGAUGGGGGUAGGGAGGGAGAGGGAGAAGGAGGGGAAUGGUGGGAGGAGUGGGAAUGCGAGUGUGGCGACGACACCGGGCGAGGGGUGGGAGUAUGUUAAAGGGGGAAGGUUUCGGGAGGGAAUUGCGGAGUUGGAGUAA